AUGACCAACGAACCCACGUCGAGCUCGACAGCAGCCAUAUCCUUGGCAGGGGGAGACGCUGCUGCGUCCACCACGGCGCAGCAGGCUCCAGCACUUCCUCACCUCGACACGCCGAACGCGUUUCCCUUCCCUUACCCACAACCAUACAGCAUCCAGCUGGACCUGAUGCGCACCGUCUUUGCCGCUAUCGAGGACGGCAAGAUUGCCAUCGUCGAGAGCCCAACAGGAACUGGCAAAUCGCUCACCCUCCUCACAUCGACUCUUUCUUGGCUCGCCGCGCACCGUAAACGGCUCGACACCGCAACGGCCGCCGACCUCCACGCGAGGUUUAUCGCCGAGGACCCAGACGACCCGCCAUGGGUUGUUGAGAAGGCCGUGAAGCGGCACAUGGCGGGGCUAAAGGCUGGCGAGGAGGCUCGCGUCGCACGGCUCAGGCUCGCGAGGGAGAGGGAGCGCAAGGCCAGGCGGGAUGGAGGCGUGGGCGGGGGCAUGUUUAGGAAAAAGGCUAGAGUCGGCGCCGGAGAGGACCAGGAGAGCUCCAAAGGGGACGGGGAGGACCAAUUCCUGCCCGAUGACGGCGACGUGCAGGAGGACACCAACCUCUCUGCCGAGGUGCGGGCGCUCAUGGCGCAGUUGGCGCCCAAGGACGUCGAGGAAGAAGCAGACGAGGAUGUGCCAAAGGUCUACUUUGCCUCGCGAACCCACUCGCAACUCCGCCAACUCACCGCCGAGCUGCUCAAGACGACGUUUCCGGCCGGUAAAGAUGGCGUCCCAGAGGACGAAGGAGUCAGCCUCGUGCCGCUGGCUAGUAGGCGGCAGAUGUGUAUCAACGACAAGGUCCGCGCCAAGGCCCACGGACGCGAGGAUAGGUUAAACGAAGCGUGUCUGGACAUGCAGAAGAGCGGCGCUGCACGCUGCCCUCAUCUUCCCUCCAAAGCUGAAGAAGGCCCACUCCUUGAUGCGCGCGACGACGUACUGGCGACUGUCCGUGAUAUCGAGGACCUCGUCACGGAAGGACGUCGUGUCGGCGUAUGCCCAUACUAUGCCACCCGGCGAGCCGUCAAGCCCGCCCAGCUCGUCACGCUGCCUUACAACUUGCUCCUCCAGGCCAAUGCGCGCGAGGCGCUGGGCAUUGACCUCAAGAACCAGAUUGUCGUCAUUGAUGAAGCGCAUAACCUCAUCGAUACCAUUCUGGGCAUCUACUCGGCCACUCUGCCCGCUUCUCGCCUUGUAUCUGCCUGUGCCCAGUUGACACAGUACUUGGCCCGCUUCAAGUCCCGGCUCAAGCCACGCCACGCGCUCUGGAUAAAGCAGACACUCUCAGUUCUGCGCGGCCUCGUUCGUGUCACCGAGAUAUACACCGCCGAGGCGCGCAAGGACAAGACCAAGGCCCGCGGCGAGCUCGUCGACGUCAACACACUCAUGUCCCGUGUCGGUGGCGGCGGCGAUGCUGUCAACUUGGUCGAACUCGUUGCGUACCUCAAGGAAAGCAAGCUCGCUCGUAAAGUCAGCGGCUUUGCAGAGAGCCUCGAGGCCGCUGCAGACAAGGAGAAGCGCGGAUCCGCAGCGAGGCAUGCGAGCAUUGCGGUCUUUCACGCUGUGGAAGAUUUCCUCCUCUCCCUAACCGACGCUCGCGACGACGGUCGCAUCACCCUGUCACUCGAAGCAGGCGACAGCGUGGUGGUAAAGUACGUCCUCCUCAACCCGGCCGAGCGGUUCGCCGACGUGGUCAACUCGGCGCGCGCCGUCGUGCUUGCAGGAGGCACGAUGGAGCCCGUGUCCGACUUCUACCGUCAGCUCUUCCCCUCCAUCCCUCGCGACAGGUUUGUUCACUUGUCCUGUGCACACGUCAUCCCCAAGUCCAACCUCCUCACCCAAGUCGUCUCGCGCGGUCCGCGCAAGACCGAGCUCGAGUUCAAGUUUGCCAACCGCGGCGACGAGGGUAUCCUGGCUGAACUGGGCGCCAUCCUCCUCUCGACCGUCGGGCUCGUACCCGACGGCGUGGUGGUGUUUGUCCCCUCGUACGCGUUCCUCGACAAGGUCAAGACGGCGUGGGCGGGCAGUACAGGCGUGCUGGCCAAGCUGGGACAGAAGAAGAGCGUGUUCUACGAACCGCAGACGGCCGCAGACGUCGACGCCACGCUCAGAGACUAUGCCCUCGCGGUCGAGGCGCCGAGCAUGAACGACGCGGGAAGGCCGCGGACAGGCUCGUUACUGUUUGCUGUUGUUGGCGGCAAGCUUUCCGAGGGUAUCAACUUCUCCGACCGGCUCGGCCGCUGCGUCAUCAUGGUGGGCCUGCCGUUCGCCAACGUUGGCAGUGUCGAGCUGCAAGAGCGCAUGCGCUACGUUGAGCGGUUGCCCGGCGCGGGCAAGGACGCAGCCAAGGAGCUUUAUGAGAACCUGUGCAUGCGCGCUGUCAACCAGUCCAUCGGCCGAGCCAUCCGCCACGCAAACGACUACGCGACCGUCCUCCUCCUCGACCGCCGGUUCGGCACACACCGUAUCCGGUCAAAGUUGCCAAAAUGGAUCGGCGACGACGUCAAGGUCUGUGAUGAGUGGAGCAGUGCGGCGAGGGGGGUGGCGGGAUUCUUUAGGGAGAAGAGGGCGAACGGUGGUGGACAAUAG